AGGCCGUGAAUUUCCGUCCCAACUGUGGAAUGGCUGGGGCUGUUUUCAGGGCCAGAGUCCCGAAGGGAGCAGCCGCCGUGGAGCAACCCACCGCGCAAACCACUCUCCCGGCGGCUCACUGCCAAGCUAGGCCUGAUGGGCCGGUGGAAGCAGAGAGCCGAGGGGGGUCGAGCGCGGCGGUAGAGCCAGUUGCGGGGCCGAGUGGUUUAUGUACUCACCGGCCGGGGCCGUCACGCGCGCCGCUGGCCGGGGGUGCUGCACCACGGGGCGGCAAGCCCGCGCGCCCGGGGGCCCGCAAGGCACCGGCGCCACGUGGGAGAGCUGCUGGAGCUGCAGCUGGAGUGAGGCGGCCCGCGCAGCUGCCCUCUCUGGCAAAGGAGCACUCCAGCAAGAAGGCCUCCCGUAAUCCCCUGAACAACCCACCUUAACCCACCAAGUCCCUAAACCUAAUUCCUUCAACUUACCCUCCUUAAUCACCAAAUCCUAAAUCCUAUCCCCUCCCUUCCUACCACCAUGUUGAAAAUCUUACAAGCCAACCUCCAACACGCGAAGGCAUCUAGUGCCGUCGCGUGCAAGGUCCUCCAAGAGGAUGGACUGGACAUGGCUUUGUUACAAGAACCGUGGAUCCAUGGAAACACGGUACUGGGACUGACCGCUGCAGGAUUCUGCACUGAUGACCUAGUAGCGGCACACGUAAUGCUACCCGGCUGUGAGGGCAUGAAGCUCAUUGUUAGCUCGGCCUACCUGCCCGGGGAGCACACAGAUCCGUCGACGGCCCUCGCUCCACUGGUGGAGUAUUGUGAGGACCAGAAUGCCCAGCUUGUGAUAGGGGCCGAUUGCAAUUCCCAUCACACAGCCUGGGGCAGUACGGAUACCAACAAGAGAGGUGAGAUCUUGUUCGACUUCCUCCUGACUAACAACUUAGUAACACUAAAUGAUGGAAACACACCAACAUUCGUUACACGUGCGCGUCAGGAGGUUCUAGAUAUAACAAUCUGCACAGAUCUACUUGAAAGACGUGCUUGCAACUGGCAUGUCUCGAAAGAGGCAUCCAUGUCUGAUCACAGACACAUACGAUUCGACAUUGCUCUCAUAGGGAAGAGCCAAGUGGAGACCUUCAGAAAUCCUAAGGCUACAAACUGGGACGUUUAUCGACACCAAGUUUCGGAAAACCUAGGGAUUAUAAAAGGCUCCGUCAAAUCCAUACAGCAACUCGAAUCUACAGUAGAGGAGCUCGUAAGGUGCAUGUUAGAUGCCUACGAGAACAGUUGCCCUCUAAAAACUAGAUGCUCUAACACUAAGGUCCCCUGGUGGAACUCUAACCUGGAGCAUCUAAGAAAAACAGCUCGGAAAGAAUUCAACAGGGCUAAAAUCACAAAGGAAUGGGAUUUGUAUAGGAAAGCCCUCACUGAAUUUAAUCGCGAGCUCCGGAAGGCGAAAAGGCAAUCUUGGAGGCGCUUCUCUAUGGAAAAGGUGAUCAAUCUUCAUAUUAGAAUGGGCUACCUCACACAAAACCCACUACAUGUGAAGCAGCACGCCUAUCAGAAGGGCAAAUCUACGGAAACUGCCCUAAUUGAACUUACUGAUAGGAUUGAGAAAGCACUAGAGGACAAAGAAAUUGCCCUCUGUGCUUUUCUAGAUGUAGAGGGUGCUUUUGAUAACACCUCGACGAAUGUCAUUCUCAAAUGUAUGAGGGACAAAAACAUCGACAACACCACACUUACGUGGAUAGAAUCGAUGCUAACCAACAGGACUGUUAAAACAACACUCCUGGACAAGAGCAUUGAGGUUAAAAUAACAAGAGGAUGUCCCCAAGGCGGCGUACUAUCGCCCCUGGAGUGGUCCAUUGUUGUCGACACCCUGCUCUGUGAGCUCAAUGAAGCUCGCUUCGACACUCAGGGCUACGCUGAUGAUCUCGUCAUAACCAUCGUAGGCAAAAGCGCCAGCACGAUUUCAGAUCUGAUGCAAACAGCCCUUAAGAUGGUAGAGCGCUGGUGCAGGGAGUAUCAACUCUCUGUAAAUGCCAGCAAAACCAUAAUUGUACCGUUCACCCGAAGAAGGAUCCUAGAUGGUCUGAGACCACCGGUUCUCUUUGGGGAAACGGUAAACUUCUCCAAAGAAGCCAAAUAUCUUGGUGUAAUCCUAGAUCAGAAGCUGACUUGGAAUCAACAUCUGCAGUACAUAGCCCAGAAAGCUAAGUGCGCUAUGGGAUCGUGCUGUAGACUAGUUGGGAAAAAAUGGGGCCUUAAGCCGAAGUUAACCCUUUGGCUAUACGAAGCCGUAGUGAGACCUAUGGUUACAUACGGCUGCGUAGUAUGGCACAGGAAAACCCAACAAAAAACCUGUCAAGAUCAAUUAAGUAGUCUUCAAAGGUUAGCGUGUCUGAUGGCCACUGGAGCUAUAAGGUCCACUCCGACAGCAGCGAUGGAAGCCAUGCUGAAUCUUAGCCCUUUACACAUACAUGUGCAGAAAGAGGCUCGAUCAGCUAUGCUACGGGCUGCUGAAGGAGGCAGGAACCGAUGGCACUCGGCUGUGUUCAGCUCGCUCCACCGAGAGCUUCUCAGUACCCAUGCCAUGGCGAUGCCUUCCGACGCUAUGGAAACGGAGUACUGUUUCUCAAGGCUCUUCUCAGUUGAGAUACCAGAAAGGGAGAAGUGGAAUGAUGAUAAGGCCCUUCAAACUUUCCGGUCGGGAGACAUUGUGUGGUACACCGAUGGAUCCAAAAAGGAAGGCCUGGCAGGUUCAGGCAUUUACGGAGAAAGGCCAAGAGCGCGCAAAUAUGCGAGCCUGGGAAGGUUUGCCUCCGUAUUCCAAGCCGAGAUAUAUGCCAUCAUUGGAUGUGCAUACGAAAACCUGGAUAGAGCCUUCACUCGGAGGAAUAUAUUUAUUCUGUCAGACAGCCAAGCUGCUCUUAAAGCAUUGACUUCUGCAGAAGUUAACUCCAAACUUAUAAUAGAGUGCAUCCUCAUCCUGAACAAAAUUGGAGCUAACAAUAGAGUGACCCUGCGAUGGGUGCCCGGACAUUGUGGCAUCAAUGGCAAUGAGGAAGCAGAUGAACUCGCACGUCUGGGAGCAGAAAGCCUACCGUUGGGCCCCGAGCCCAUCAUCGGGCUACCAAAAUGCACCAGUCGUCGCGAGAUCAAGGACUGGGCACAGAACCAAAGCUUAGAGGCUUGGAAUAAUGUACCAGGGCAACAUCAUGCAAGAGCCCUAAUCGUGGGCUAUUCGCAGAAAUUUACGCGUCGAGCGUUAGAGCUCACACGCAACCAGUUAAGGGUCUUGACAAGAACCUUAUCAGGUCACUGUAGGUUGAACAGUCACUUACAUAAAAUGGGUCUGUCCGAUACUCCAACUUGUAGAUUUUGCAAUGAAGAGGACGAAACGCCCAUGCAUAUUCUCUGUGAAUGUGAGGCCAUCAUUCACAAGAGAAACAGAAUCUUGGGCGGCUACAAAUUAGCCCCCAUAGAUGUCAGGUCUCUCCCUCCAGGUAAGAUCAUCAGGUUUAUAAAAGACCUGGGCCUGGAUAGUGAGAUUUGA